AUGGCAGCAGUGCUGUAUAAGACUCCUUUUCUUAAGGAAUUUCUAGGGAUCAAUGCCCUAGCUGGUGUUGAAGGAAUAGGCCCUGCUAGAAUGAGAAUACCUAAUGCAGAUUGGAGACCAAGGGUCUUUCCAGGAGGCUCGGGUGAGAGGGGUGUGAUGAAUAGAGAUUUCCCACCAGCAGCUUCUCCUAUCACUUUACUUCUGCAGGCGCUGGAUCUUAAGGGAAAUGCCCAGAUCCAUUAUAAGAUACGGAUUUCAGGUAGUGAGAGAACCGAGCUGGGCCGAGCAAGUCCUCACUCGAAGAAGCAGACUGGCCGGCUUAAAGAUCCACCAGACGAGAAAGUAAAUUCCGCACUGCUGCUGAGUCGUCGGACUUAUCCACCAAGGGAUUCGUGGAAUUUCUCGCCCCCUUUUGGGUAUGCAGGUACUACGAGUCCUCUCACUACCAACCAGCAGACAUCAUCUGGCUGGGUCUUGCCGGCGUCGGGGAGAUCGGAGCAACAAGGAACGCCUAGACGACGUUUUUAUUCCUGGGCUGCAGUAAGUAGAUCGAGAGGUCGUUCCGCCCCUUGUCCCCGAAUAUGGGUAAUAUGUUCUAACAAAUUAUUGUUCCAAUCUGACCUAGCUGGCGAGCGAUCCCAGUUCGCGGCAGAGAACAAGACAGCAAGCGAGCGUACCUUUGUUCGCUUCUUCUCCACCAAGCACGGAAGUUUAAGGAUAACUGUAGGUCGGUGGCUACCUAAGGAAACUCCGAUUCGAUCCGCCCCCCAGCUGGGAGGCAUCUACCUCAUCCCGAUCACAAGGAGAGGUUCACCAUGA